CGUUGGUUGGUUAAAAAGGCGCUCGAGUUCAAUCAUUCAAAGCAAUUCAAUAUUUCGCUCCAUGCAUUUGCUCUCGUUCGCUCCGGAUGUUCCUAAAAAGCUCGAACGCAAUGUCUCCGUUCUUUGCUGCCAUCUUUUUGCACGGCCUUUGCUUGGCCAACGCCGUCAACUUCACAACCGUCUAUGAGUGGGACAACUUUGAUUUCAUCUGGCCAUCAGAAGCGAACAAUUCAAAAGGAGAGACUGAUCAAAAAUUUUAUUCAGACAAUGUUCUUCCUCGAUACAUGGCUGUUUUUGGAGAAAGGCUGUUUCUAAGCCUAGAUUUCGGAACUCCCGCAACACUUGUGUGGCUGCCCACGAGCGGAACGUCGACCGCACCUCCAAAGCUUGCUCCUUUCCCGUCUUUGGAUUUACAUAAAGCAAACAACUGCGACACUAUUCAAUGGGCCAAAGGUAUGGAAACAGACACUGACGGUCGGUUGUGGGUGCUUGAUAACGGGAGCAGCAGUUGUCCGAGCAAACUUUGGAUAUUCGACCUUCUCAACCACGACACAACCGACCGCGUUCACCAGUUCCCGCACUCAGUCGUCUCUCAUUCCAUUGGAGGAAGGAGGAUGUACGAUAUGGUGCUCGACAAAAACCCAGACGAUGACCUUGCGUACACCACGGACUAUCACUCGGAGUACAUCGUAGUUUACAGCCGAAAAUUGGACAAAUCCUGGACGGUUAAAACACCAGGGAGAACGUGGUUUUCCUUGGCUGUGUCUCCAAAUAGGGAAGCGAGACAGUUGUACAUUAAAAAAUCUAGAAGCAAAGAACUGUAUUCAGUUUCUGUGUCUGAGCUGAAGAAUGAAGGUGGAAGCGCUGCUCCGAAACUCGUCGGCGAAUUUGCUGAAAUGCCUUACAGAAUGGUGAUAGACGGCGCCAAUGUCUUGUAUGCCGCCUUUUAUCGCAAGACCUACUUUACAAAAUGGAAUAUUUCCGAGCCUUUUCGAGAGCAGCAUUUUUAUGAGACCGGAUAUCUGGAUUCUAAUUGGCCAUUUACUUUUGCCUUCGACUCGAACGACACUUUCUGGCUGACAGUGCGAGAUGAAACUGACGAGAUUAAUGGCUAUAGGCAUAAACUACUCAAGGCUGCAGUCGGUGCAAGAUCAUAAUACUCACUGUCAGCCCAUGCACAUCCACAGACUCUGUGGGCGGUGUUGGGUCUUCUGACUACGCGAUGAGAAUUUUCUACAGAAGACUUCUACUCACAAUCAGCACUCGUCUACCCUUCUCCUCACAACCUUGUCAACGACUUACGUGAAUUGCGGUGCGACGGUAGUAGCAAAAAGCAAGCUUGUUAGUGGUCAACUUCUAGUUUAUUUGAUUCUUUGAAAAAAAAUUAUCCAAAAAUUUUAAUUACCCUCAUUUAAUAAAUUUGGCUCAUUUGAAAUA